GCGCCCUCCAACUUCCGCUUGCGCUGUCGACAUGCUGUCCUGGACUCCCCUUCACAGAUCACGAUCACAGCAGUCAUGCCAGGUUUGGCCAGGAAGCUGCUCAUCUUCGCUGCAGUUGAUGGCCUGAUCAUCCAGUCCGCUGGUCAGCGCGGCAGCGGGGGCACGCGCAUGGAAUAUGGAACGAACAACAUCACGGCAGCGAGCGAGAAGGACCGUGGACCAGAAGGAGGCGGCUCCCUGGAAGCUCACGGGCUCGUUGGUGUGCUCAAUCUCGUUUCUUCUUCCUAUCUCAUAGCAAUCACGAGGCGUUCAGAGGUCGCCAACAUUCGAGAGAGGCCGGUAUUUCGAAUCACUGAUGUUACACUCAUUCCGCUGGCAUCAAGAGGAGAGGCUUCGAACGCAAUCUCACACGCGGAGCAGCUGCUGCACCAGAACUCUUCAGGAGCAGAGCAGGAUACUGACGAGAGCGACGUGGGGGAGGAUGUCGAGACAGGCAGUGUCGUGACAGACUCUGGAGAAAAUGUCCCGGCACGGAACCCAGAGGACGAGUCUACGGCUUUGGAGGCUCCGAAGCCAGGCACAAUCAAGCAGAGCACAACGUUUGUGAAGGAUGUAGUCCAGCAGAAGGGCACCUUUGGGCGCUUCGCUACAAGUUGGUUCAGCAAAAAGGGGACUCAGACUGACUCACAGCCAAAGAGUGAUGCAGAGCCGGAUCAAAAGUUGAAUAUGGAGCAGAAGAAGCAAGAGAUGGGAGCAUUGCCAGACACGGACAAGGAUCAGUCAGAAAAAGCCAAUGAAGCACAAGAGGAGCCAAAAGGGAGGUCAAGUACGGAGAAACGAAGGCAGAGCGCUAUCGACUACCUGGCACUCAGAAUUGUGAAGAGCGCAAGGCUCUAUUUCAGCACGAGCGGUUUCUAUUUCUCCUACGAUCACGAUCUGUCACAUUCGCUUGGCAGAAAAGCGACAUCAUCGUCUGCAGUGCCACUGUGGAAGCGCUUCGAUAGCCUCUUUUUCUGGAACCGGCACUUGUGCAGUCCGCUUGCGGAUGCGGGACAAGACAGCCUGGUCCUUCCCCUGAUUCAAGGCUUCGUCGGCCAGCGAGCGUUCUCCAUUGCUCAAGCUGACGAUCGUGCCAUUGUAGCUGAGCCGGGCGAUACUGAGCUGACAGACUUCAACGAGAGAGAAGCAUCCAAGAACGCACAGCAGCACAACUUCCACGUCACUUUGAUCAGCCGCAGAUCGGUCAAGCGAGCUGGACUUCGAUAUCUACGACGUGGUGUAGAUGAUCAAGGAAAUGUUGCGAAUAGUGUCGAGACUGAGCAGAUCUUGUCCACGCAAGUCGAUGACUCCAAGCAGAAGAUUUUCUCCCUGCUGCAGUAUCGUGGGUCGAUGCCGCUGUUCUUCUCGCAAAGCCCAUACAGUUUCAAGCCCACGCCAAUCAUGUUUGGCAGCGAAGCGACCAACCAGGCGGCCUUCCAGAAACACUUCAAGUCCCUCGCGGCGCGCUAUGGCGAUAUCCAAGCAGCAUCUCUUAUCGACAAACACGGGACUGAGCUCAACAUCGGAACGGCCUAUGAGGAGGCUGCAAAGAAGCUCAAUGAGAGUGAUGGUAUUGAUGGCAAACCUCUUGGCUUCCAGUGGUUUGACUUCCACGGAGAGUGUAAAGGUAUGAGGUUUGACAAGGUCAAUCUCCUGAUCGACAGCCUGAAGUCAUUCCUCAAGUCAUCUGCCUUCACGGUCGAGCAAGAUGGCGAGCUGAAGCAGAAACAAUCCGGCAUCCUACGAACCAAUUGUAUGGACUGUCUGGACCGGACCAACGUCACACAAUCCGCAGUCGGAGGUUGGGCGUUGCAACAGCAGUUGCAGGAGCUGGGGUUGGACAUUGAUCUGCAGAGCGACCCGAAGACACAGUGGUUCAAUGUCCUCUGGGCCGACAAUGGCGAUGCUAUCUCCAAGCAGUACGCAGGUACCGCCGCUCUGAAAGGUGACUUUACGCGCACGCGAAAGCGCAAUUGGGCAGGUGCACUUACCGACUUCAGCUUGACGCUGAACCGAUAUUACAACAACAUCUUUGGAGACUACUUCUUGCAGACCAAUAUCGACUAUUUCCUCGGUGCGCCACCGACCGUAUUUGACGAGUUCGAAACAAAUAUGACCUCUCAAGACUAUGCACUCGAUAUGGGAGUCGUUCGUCAGAACGCAAUCGACACUUGCGUCAAAUUGGUACUGGAGGAUCCGAACGAGGAUCUCAUAUCAGCUUGGGCUCUGAGCUGUCCUCGGAUGUCGAACACUCUUAGGAGCCUGCCCUUCGAGGACUGUGUGAUCCUUUUGACCGCAAAAGCUUUCUACUUAUGCCGUUUCGAUUGGGACACGGACAAGGUCGGUUCCUUUGAGCGUGUGGACCUUCUCGAUGUUCAAAAGAUCUGGCGCGGCGCAUACAUUACUUCAGCUCUGGGCGCUACUCAUUUGGAUGAGACGAAAAAUUAUGGUUUUGCGCUGGAAUACACGAACCAAGGACCCUCUACUGUACGGACCAAUACACGCAGUAUGAGUGUAGCGCCUGUUCCUGAUGAGGAGGAGGCGGCGACGCAAGCCAGAGCUGACAGCGGGGGCGAGAGAAUUGAAAGCAGUGAUAUGCAACCGGACAGCAAUCGGAGAAAUCACGCUUCUCCUGGCAAGGGAGAAAGUCGCACACUGGCGUUCAAGGCCCUACCGCCGAAGCCAUCGAAGACCGGCUCUGCUGAGAAUGAUCUUUCCAGUCUGGGAGAAGUGGAUGCAACGAAACGAAUUACGAGCGAGUUAGAGAAAGCUGUGAAUAAAGCCAGACAACAGGAUUACGGCGCCAGUUUUGAUGAGACCAAAAAUGGAAUGAAGGUACAAGACCACGAUAUUAUCUCUGUGGCCGAGGCCAGGAAGAGCACAGGCUAUGUGGAGAGUUUGGGGUAUUCUUUGAAGAAGUUGGUCUGGUCUUAAUUAUGCGACGACUGAUCUCGGACGUCGAUGUCUGGAGGCCUUCAUCGCCUUCUUCGAAUCCGCUAGCUCCACGCUACCCGCACGACGAUGUCAGCGUCACGAUAGCUACAUGCAUACAUUGAUCAAAGCCUCAAAUUCCCCCAUGAUCCAGCAACGACGC